UUCAAGAAGUGUAUUCCGGAUUUGUCCGAGAACGAGCCUUGGCUGCCAAUUUUUAGCGCGCUUACAUUAUAUCUUGGCAUACCGUAUUGUACGAGCCACCCGUCCUUGUCUAAGCUUGAUCGAAUCAAGGUGUGGCGCAUGCUUCUGGAAGAAAAACACAACAACAGCGAGAAUUUCACUUUUUGGAAUUAACGUAGUUCAACGCGUGCAAAACGUCCACUAGAGACGGCUUUUGACUAGCCAGCACUCAGAAGUAGCGCCCACUGCUGCUGAGGCAUCAUGGCAACACCGUGGCCUCGAUGGUCAACCUGGCCAAUCCCAAUAGACGAGCAUGCUACCAACCUCAGCGCUUUCCUUUGCGAGGUGCUGUUGCUGAUUGAGCGUAACGGAGGCCAACAGCCUCUGCCGGCAGACAUCGUUGGCAACAUCAUUUGCAGCGCAUUGACGUUUGUACUGAAGACGCAGCACUCCCCCAACCUUAGCAGCCUCAGCAACGUCCUCAACGUUGUGCAAACUGAGGCCAGAGCAACAGCAGAAAGCACAGUGCAGACUCUUGACCAGAUAAAGCAAGAGCUCAAGUCCACAGUACAACUUGUUCAACAGUCUGCAGCGAACAUACAGCAGAAUGGCAACACGGCAGAGGAGGCAAGGGCAGCAGCCAAGGACGCCACAGAGGUGGGUAAAGCAACGCUGGAGGUUGCAAGAUUUGAUGAGGUUUGCCGGCUGUACAAAGCUCCAAGGCUUGCGCUAGCCAAGGCGCUAACCAGGCACAGCCCAUUACAUAAGCUCCCCCCCCCUCUCUUACCCCAUGUUUGUUUGUUUACCCGUCCACACUGUAAGACCAUUCCACAACAAACAACCACUACACCGGUUGCACCUGCUGCACUACCCACAACCCUACCUCGUGCUAUCCCCACUCCCACCACAUGGCCGGCAACUCCCGCACUCCCAGGCACACUCAUGCUAGCGCCUACUCCACUGGUUUGCCUCCUGGUGCUGAUGAAGAGGAGCUUGCGCGCCUCCAUGAGCGUAUUGCUAUGCUCACUAAGAAGCGUCUGGCUGCUGACAAUGCUGUAAGUAUUACUACCUACCCUCUCGGCAGCUUGUUGGCUAGUUUGCUUCUCUGUCCUUUUUUGCUACCUUUAACUCUCAUAUUGACUCUCACGGUAGCCGUCCCGCUCCCCCACCGCGCUCCUACCAGGGUGCUGUUCAAGAUUCCUCCGUCGCUGCUGAGGAGGAGGAGCCCAAGGAUGAUUCUUCUGCCAACCCGCACGCUGGUGGUGAGCGCCCCAGCGACCUGGACA